AUGGAGGCAGCGGGCGGGAGCUCAGCACCGCGUCUUAAGGAGCUUUGCCGACAUCAGCGGAGAGAAUCGGAGGGUUCAUUGGAUCUCCCCAACCUAGAAUUUGAAUAUGGAGAUUCCGACAGCAUUGUUGCAGAACUGUCAGAGCUGUACAGUUACACUGAAGAGCCUGAAUUUGCUGCUAACAGGGAUUGCUUUGAAGAGGAUUUUGCAAUACAUGGAAGGGGCAAGAAAUGGGUAGAAUUGGAAGAAAAUGAGCAUAAAUCCUACUUGAUGAGGUUGCUGGAUGGAUUGGAAGUGAUCAAUAAGGAGAAGAGACUUAAAUUUGCCAGAGCUAUACUUUAUCUAGCCCAAGGUGUGUUUGAUGACUGCUACACAGAAACUGAAGUAAUACAUUGGGCUCGAUACAAUGUCUUCCUUCUCUAUGAAAUGGGCACAUUUGGGGCAUUGGUGGAGCUGCUCAACAUGGAGAUCGAUAACAGCCAGACAUGCAGCAGUUCUCUGAGAAAACCAGCCAUCUCCCUAGCAGAUAGCACUGAACUGAGGGUGCUGCUCAAUAUUAUGUACCUGAUGGUGGAGAUCAUACGAUGUGAGGGUGAGGAUGACAAACCCGAGUGGAGCUCAGCCAGAAACGGACUCCGGACUGAACUAAGUUCCCCAGUCCAUAAUGGUGAGCCGUUUGCAGUUCUCCUAUUCUCUCUCAUUAAUAAAUACUGUAAUGGAUACACUCCACAUUGCCCUGUUAAGAAGGUGUUGCUGCUCCUUUGGAAAACUAUUCUGUUCUGUUUUGGAGGGUUUGAGAAACUCCAAGAGUUGAAAGUGGAAAAGCGAGUGAAGCUGGGACUUCCUCCAUUGUUGGAGAACAGUAUUCAGGUGACACGGACUCUGCGAGCCACCUCUCCACCAGCAACAGCCAUGGACAUCCUAGAGCAGCAACAGAAGCGAGGUCGCAGGGGCCGGAGGGUUCUGGUGAAGCAGGACAGCCUGGAUAUCUACUGUGAGAGAGAUGAGGCUCGGGAGGAGGAGGAGGAAGCAGAUGAUGGUGAUGGUGCGAUUGAGGGAGAAUUGGAUGCACUGGAGAGGGAGGCACUGAUUCAGGACCUCCCCUCCCCUGGACUGGUGCCAGAGAGACUCUUCUUCCCACGGUGCCUGCCCUGGGCCACUAAAGUCAGAGAGAAGGACAUCGAAGAUUUUCUGGAAGUCAGUCGGUGCAAAUUCAUUGGAUUCACAUUGGGAAAUGACACUGAAACCCUGGUGGGUUUGCCCAAGCCCAUUCACAAUAGUGUGAAAAUACUGAAACAGCACAAGUAUGUCUCCAUCUCGGAAGUACAAGCCAAGAGGGAGGAAGAACUGCAGAAAUGUCCAGUGUCACUGGGAGCCGAGGAGGUGGAGCAGAGCCCAGUUGAGAUCCUAUAUCAGGCAAUGUUACACAACCUACCUCAGUAUAUGAUAGCACUGCUGAAGAUCCAGCUGGCUGCUGCUCCCACAUCCAAGGCAAAGACUGACUCCAUCAAUAUCUUGGCUGAUCUUCUGCCUGAGGAGAUGCCCAAUACAGUGUUACAAAGCAUGAAGUUGGGGAUUGAUGUCAACAGACAUAAGGAAAUCAUUGUUAAAGCGAUUUCGGCACUCAUGCUGCUGUUACUCAAGCAUCUCAAACUCAAUCAUAUCUACCAGUUUGAGUAUGUUUCCCAGCAUUUGGUAUUUGCCAACUGCAUCCCACUGAUUCUGAAGUUCUUCAAUCAGAGCAUCAUGUCGUACGUCACUGCCAAGAACAGUAUCUCAGUCCUAGACUACCCUCACUGCGUGAUCCAUGAGUUGCCAGAACUCACCACCGAAGUUCUGGAAGCUGGUGACCAUACUCAGUUCUGCUGGAGGAAUCUUUUCUCCUGUAUCAACCUGCUGCGUAUCCUAAACAAGCUGACCAAAUGGAAACACUCGCGUAUCAUGAUGCUUGUAGUUUUCAAAUCAGCACCAAUUUUGAAGCGGGUGCUCAGGACGAAACAGGCAAUGCUGCAGCUCUAUGCACUGAAACUGCUCAAAUUCCAAACCAAGUACCUGGGCCGUCAGUGGAGGAAGAGCAAUAUGAAGAUCAUGUCAGCCAUCUAUCACAAAGUGCGGCACCGCCUCAAUGAUGACUGGGCAUACGGCAAUGAUAUUGAUGCUCGACCCUGGGACUUCCAGGCAGAGGAAUGUGCACUGAGAAUCAAUAUUGAGAUGUUCAACAACCGGCGCUAUAGUUUGCACCACAAUGACCUGGAAUUUGCUCCAGUGGACAACUGCCUUCAGAGUGUCCUGGGCCAUCAUGUCUCACUGCCGGAGGAUUUCCACUACAGCUAUGAACUCUGGUUGGAGAGGGAAGUUUUUGCCCAGCCCAUCCGCUGGGAGGAUCUUCUACAUCCUCUAGCUUAAUAAGAACAGCUAAUUUCCUAAGGAGAUGCAUCUAUGAUGGUCUGUCUUCAAAAGACUUCUUUCAAUGAAAAAUCCAU